AACAUUGGCAUUUUCUUGCUCUUUCAUGUAUUUUUCUUUUCAUUUGUGGUGAUUUGACUACGUGAAAUGGUUUAACUGAAACAAGGCCUAUUUAUUAACAUUUCACAGUAAUGCAAAUUUAUUCUUCACAAGAAGAUAUUGCAACAUAACGUAGAGUAAUCUAAAUAAAUUACUUUUGUACUUGGUGUUAUAUUAUCCUAAAGUGAAAUGUGGUCGAUGACAGUGUAAAACGGGUGCUUGAUACAAUCUCCAAGCACGACCCAGCUGACAGGCGUUGAAUGACCCAAAAUUAUGCUACUGUAAAUAUAUAUAGUGAUCGUGAUCUCGUAUUAGUGUAAUAUAAUCGCAUGAUAAUAAUAAUCGAGUUGUGAUUUGUGAAAUUGGUGCAAUCGUGUGUAUGAUAAUAUAGCGAUGAGCUCGAACGUUAGGAUGUCGGUGCCGCCGCCGCCCUUGCGGCAAAUCGAUUUGGACCAGAUAUGGGGCGACCUGCGAGAGGGCAUCGAACAAGUAUACAAGAGGCAACACAUGUCAAAGUUGAGAUAUAUGGAAUUAUAUACGCACGUAUACAACUACUGUACGUCCGUACAUCAGCAGAGCGGUGGGCCCGUGAGUAGGGGUAGCAACACCUCGAGCAGACUUCCGUUUGGGAGUGGCAAGAAAAUGACGGGUCAAGUGCCAGGCGGCGCGCAAUUGGUUGGACUGGAACUCUACAAGAGGCUGAGGGAAUUCCUAAGAAUGUAUCUUAUAAAUUUGUUGAAGAACGGCGCAGACCUCAUGGGCGAAGAUGUGCUAGCCUUCUACACUAAACAGUGGGAGGAGUAUCAGUUCUCGUCUCGCGUACUGAACGGCGUGUGCUCCUACCUUAACAGGCAUUGGGUCAAGCGGGAGUGUGAAGAAGGCAGGAAGGGUAUAUACGAAAUAUAUCAACUUGCGUUGGUGACGUGGCGCGACAAUCUGUUCAAGUGCCUAAACAAACAGGUGACGAAUGCUGUGCUGAAAUUGAUUGAACGCGAGCGGAACGGAGAGACGAUCAACACUCGGCUCGUUUCUGGGGUAAUCAACUGCUAUGUAGCCCUUGGCCUCAACGAAGAGGAACCAUCAGCUCGAGGCCAGAACCUCGCCGUGUAUAAGGAGACAUUCGAAGCCAUCUUCCUUGAGGACACGGAGAGAUUCUAUACAAGAGAAAGUACGGAUUUCCUGAGGAACAAUCCGGUCACUGAAUAUAUGAUUAAGGCGGAACAAAGGUUACAAGAGGAACAGAGGCGUGUGCAAGUGUAUCUCCACGAAACGACCAUGGAAAGACUGGCCAAGACCUGCGACAGAGUUCUCAUCGAGAAACACCUGGAGAUAUUCCACGCUGAGUUCCAGAAACUCCUAGACGCUGACAAGAACGCGGACCUAGGUCGUAUGUACAGCCUGGUGGCUCGUAUACCGGACGGUCUGUGUGAGUUGCGGCGUUUGCUCGAGCAGCACAUACACGCGCAGGGGCUGCAGGCGAUCGACAAGUGCGGGGAGAGCGCUCAUACGGAUCCCAAAGUAUACGUGUCCACUAUACUGGAAGUGCACAAGAAAUAUAACGCGCUAGUGUUGGUAGCGUUCAACAAUGACUCUGGUUUCGUAGCUGCUUUGGACAAGGCUUGCGGACGGUUUAUUAACAGCAACGCAGUGACUAAAGCGGCGAAUUCGUCGUCCAAAAGCCCGGAGCUAUUGGCCAAAUAUUGCGAUCUGUUGUUGAAGAAAUCUAGCAAGAAUCCAGAGGAAGCAGAAUUGGAAGAUACGCUGAAUCAAGUGAUGGUUGUAUUCAAAUACAUAGAGGACAAGGACGUUUUCCAAAAGUUCUACAGUAAAAUGCUGGCCAAGAGACUUGUGCAGCAUAUGUCUGCUAGCGAUGACGCUGAGGCUUCAAUGAUCUCAAAGUUAAAACAGGCGUGCGGUUUCGAAUACACAAGCAAAUUGCAAAGAAUGUUCCAGGACAUAGGCGUAUCGAAGGAUCUGAACGAGAACUUCCGCAAGCACAUAGCGAACAGCAGCGAAGCGCCGCUGCACAUUGACUUCAGCAUACAAGUGCUCUCCUCCGGCUCGUGGCCCUUCCAGCAGUCCACCUCCUUCCAGCUGCCCACCGAGUUGGAGCGUUCAGUGCACCGUUUCACAACGUUCUACUCGUCUCAGCACUCGGGCAGAAAGCUCAACUGGCUCUAUAACAUGAGCAAGGGCGAGCUUGUCACCAAUUGUUUUAAGAACAGAUACACACUACAAGCGAGCACGUUCCAAAUGGCUGUACUCCUGCAGUACAACGACAACACGUCGUGGAGUGUCCGUCAGUUGGAGCAUCAUACUGGUAUCAAGGGGGACUUUUUGAUACAGGUGUUACAAAUCCUUCUAAAAGCGAAACUGCUGGUGUGCGCGGAUGAUGAGUCGGAGCUAACCGAGUCGUCGGUUGUUGAACUGUAUUUAGGAUAUAAGAACAAAAAACUGCGCGUGAACAUAAACAUACCGCUAAAAACGGAACUGAAGGUGGAACAAGAGGCGACACACAAACACAUUGAGGAGGACAGGAAGAUGCUCAUACAGGCCGCCAUAGUCCGUAUAAUGAAGACGCGGAAGACGCUAAAGCACCAGCACUUGGUGGUGGAAGUGUUGAACCAACUGUCGUCGCGGUUUAAACCGCGCGUGCCCGUUAUAAAGAAAUGUAUCGACAUACUAAUCGAGAAGGAGUACCUAGAGCGCACGGAGGGCGAGAAGGACACGUACAGCUAUCUCGCGUGAUCACUCGUUGUAACAGAAUAAAUGUAACAAUAUUAUCA